CCCUUGAAGUUCGCGCUGCGAUCGAAAAUGGAGAACUCAUUCUUGAAAGUCUUACUGAUUAUCUGUUUCAUCUGUUUCUCGAGCGCAGCCGAGAAUAUUUCUGAGAUCCUUAAUGACGAGUGUCUCCGAUGCAUUUGUAUGGGAACUUCUUUCUGCAAUACGACCUUCAAAUGCACGUCGUAUGGCGAUGAGGGCUCGAAACCAGCCUGUGGACCUUUCCAGAUAACCGAACCGUAUUGGGAAGAGGCUGGGAAACCGGGGGGCGACUUCAUCUCGUGCGUUACCUCGAUGAAUUGUUCGAAAACUGCCAUGACUACAAACAUGGCGGUAUCCGCCAGAGACUGCGACGGCGAUGACAAGGUCACUUGCUCGGACAUAGCGCGGAUCCACAUGGCUGGAGCUAAAGGCUGUCACGAACCCUGGGUAACACUACAUCUCUUCUGGGAGAUAUUCGAGGAUUGCAACACCGAAGCAGGAACAGAACCCCCGCAGGACUUCGCCGAGACUCGGGCGCUGCUUCGUGGAAAUUGAUGCGACAACUCAUUGAAUUUUUCGGAUUCGAGGACUCCAUGAGCCUCCGGACGAAUAAAUGUCCUGAGGAAG